AUGCGCUUGUGGAUCCUAUCCGGCGCAGUGGCCUGCGCGACCAUUGUCCUCGCCAAAGAGCUCCCCAAAAAUGAAGAAGUUGCGGCAGCGCUCUACGACUCUAACAUCAUGCACGAGAAAUUGAUGUCGGCCAAGAUCACGCAAUGGGAGGCAGAGCUUGAGGCCGGUCUCAUGAAUUCUUCCUCAUGGCCCCGCUUGAACUACACAAAGUGUGUUGAUGGGGUUGCUGAGGCGAUUCCCGGCGACCCGUUGCACAAAUUCAGAUGCAAGAACAUUGACUUGUACGACUUCAUCAACCACGCUACGCUUGGCUCUCCACACUCAACUACAUCUGGACGAACUGGUAGUACUGUUUGGGGAUGGACCGAUCCUAGUUCCGACAGAGAGUUCAUUGCCUCCGGAUUGUACGACGGAACAUCGUUUAUUGAAGUCUUACCUGAAGGACGUCUACUGCACCUUGGAUUUCUUCCAUCAUAUGCUCCGACGGGACCCAACUCAUGGUGGCACGAGGUUCGUAACUACAAGGAGUACAUGGUCAUCGGGUCCGAACUUGCGGGCCACGGGCUCCAGGUAUUCGACAUGAAGAAGCUUCUUGAUAUUGAUGAGGCCGACGCCCCAGUCGUCUAUGAUAAGGAAAAGGAUCUGACAGGCCAUUUUUCCGACUUGCCUCUCGGCCGCACACACAAUGUCGUGAUUAAUGAGGAAGCAAGCUACGGCGUUGCUGUUGGCGCGGCUCCGCGUGAUGGCGGUUGCUUUGGCGGCCUCAUUUUCUUUGAUCUGAAAGACCCGUCCAACCCAGUAAAGCUUGGAUGUGACCCCCAAGACCGCUAUGUUCAUGAUGCACAAUGUCUCAUCUACCGCGGCCCAGACGAAAAGUAUGAAGGACGCGACAUUUGCUAUGGCUUCAACGAAGACACUUUGACCAUCUACGACGUGUCGGAUAAGAAUGCAUCAAAGAUCAUUUCCAGGACUAGUUACGAGGGUGCUACUUACACUCACCAAGGCUGGGUUCUCGACAAGAGCAAUCAGGAAUGGUUACUUAUGGACGAUGAAUACGACGAAGAAGAGGUCGUUGGACCAGCUGCAGACGGAUAUCCCGUGACAUAUAUCUGGGACAUAAGAUCUUUGGAGGCACCCAAGCAGACUGGUCUUUACAAGGCGACCAACGUCGGCAUCGACCACAACCAGUACGUUAUUGAUGGAUUGUCGUACCAGUCUAAUUACGCCGCCGGACUCCGCGUUUACGACGUUUCUUCGGUCCCCUCCGACCCCACCGACGCCGGUGUCUGUGAGAUAGCCUACUUUGACAUCUACCCCGAAGACGAUUCGGCGCCUGGCGGAGGCGAGAUCACCUUUUCGGGCAGCUGGGCCUCAUAUGCGUACUUCAAAUCUGGGUUCAUCUUCGUCAACACCAUCGAAAGGGGAGGCUUCCUUGUCAAAAUGACGAAACGCGAGGCCUGCAAACCAAAGACUUGUAAUGCUGAUAAUUGCUUACGUGCUCUGCGGGCUACGAGCACCCCAGGACGGUUGGGAGAAAGUCAGAAGUUCUGCGGUGACUUUACCAAGACGGUUAUUACGGACGUGACUGUGGUUCCGGACUAUGCUGCGGAGGCUUGUGCAACAAAUAUCAUUUCGAGAGUCAGCUCUGCUUGUUCUUGUCUGCCUACAGCCACGCAAGCCUAGCUUAGAUGGCAAACCCUAAGCCUUUGGGUAGUCUUAAAGAACUGAGAUAAUCCAGUUAAGAUGGGGAGGCGUAGUUAGAGCUGAUGUUGUCCGAAACCGAGUAGUGGUUUUUCAUAGACUCCAUCAGUACAUUGCUCAAGUUGGGCCAUCACGUCUAAUUUA